GACCUGAAACGGAAACAACUGACGCUUUUCAUUUAAACAUUGGAAACAUGGCGAAAGACAAACCUGACUCAGAUGAAGAAACUUGUAUUUUCUGUUUGAUAGCCAACGAGCAAGACAAAGAAACGCGAAUCAUUAAAAAGAACAAGGAGCUGGUGUGUUUCAGAGACAUUUGGCCUGCUGCUCCUCACCAUUACCUGGUCGUACCCAUAGAGCACAUACACAGCUGCUUCUCGCUGCACCAGGGACACAUCAACCUCGUUGAAAGGAUGGCUGAAAUGGGGAGAGCUGUCCUACACGACCAAGGGAUCACUGAUAUAAAUGACAUGAGGCUGGGGUUCCACCGACCUCCCUACACUUCAGUUGAUCACCUCCACCUCCAUGUGCUUGCCCCGGCCAGUAAAAUCUGCAAGUACCUGGAGUUUAAGUUCAUUCCAAGGUCCUAUAGGUUUGUUACUGAAAGCAGUCUUCGGCAGCAUCUCAAGGGUAAAACUCCACCAGUCAAGAAGAGAGGAGCAACAAACAUGUCAGAGGAGUCUCUGAACCAGAAUAAGCCAUGUACAGGGGGUGCUUUUUGUUUAUCAUGUUUGGGCAUGACAACAUCAUAAACUGUCAAGAGCAAUAUCUGGGAACUGAGUCGGUAAAUGAGAUAAUGAAGCAGGUAAAUUAAUUAGAUAUUAAAGGAAAGCCAAAGGACUGAAGCGUCACUGUAGAGACAAUGACCACACUGAAUGUCUGUGUGCAGCAAACAGUCUGUGCUGAUUAACAGUUGUAUGAACUGUUUGUUGUUGGCUUAAAGCUAUAGUGCAUAACUUCUACGUGUCCGUAAAUGUCCGUUUCACCCAAGCCACUACUAGAGGAGAUGACACAAUGCUGAUCAGCCGAUCGGCUCCUCUAACAUCUCGCGGUAUUUUUCAAUAUAUAUCAUUUUUAGUUUGCGUGUCGACCGGUGACAUUCCCGCGCUGCCGCACAGGAAAUGCUUCCUCACAACAAGAAGGGAGGGGGAGGAAGAGCGGAGAGUGUCAUAGCAAGAGGUAGAGCGCAGGUAGAAAGAGAAAGCAACAAAGAAGCGGCCGAGACACGGUUCAGAAGUGGAUCCUACCACAAAGAAAAAGCCUGGACGUUCGGCUGAAGGUCUAUUAGCAAAGAAGGAAAGUGACUGACGGAGAAGGCAAACAAGGAUUUGUAUUGGCGUUGCUUUUCCUCGGUGGAGAGCCCUGAAGGAAGAAAUUGGGCUGAGGGCAGACACGGAUGUUGCCUUGCUGCUGUUGGAUAACAUUGGAGCGACUCGAUGAGCUCUGUCAGCAGCUGGUCGUCCUGACUCCUGACAGCAGACACGCCCAGACUUCAAAGGUAUUCAGCCUCAACACUACAGUGAUGUCAUAACUUGAGAGACAAUAAUG